AUGCGCAGACCGCUCACUCCAUAUCAACACUCAAUGGCAGUUUUUCCAGACGCAUCUUCAGGAUCUAUUCCGUGGUCCACUGAGAACGACAGAGUACUCCGGCAGUUGAGGGCGGCUAAGGUCUCAUGGAAGCGAAUUUCGAUGGUCAUGGACAAUAGACCUAUCGCAGAACUCAAGCAGCGGUGGGUCGAUAUCGGGGACGGCAGGCGCAGAAACCUUGAACGGCAUGAUUUUGAGGUGGUCGAUAAUGACAAUGACUGGUAUCUUGAAGAUAAUCAUGACGAUGAUUAUGGCAGAGAGGAGCGUCAUGUGUCGUUCAGCCCAUCCCUCGGUGAGGAUACGAAUGGUGAUUAUGUCCCGUCCAGGCGAGCAGAAACAAAAAGAGCUUAUUUUAUCGACGACGAGUUCACCCUGGACGAGGUGCUUCUCCUCCACCGCAUUGCGGCGGAUUGGGAAAGGGACCGUUGGGAAACGAUCUGUCGUCGGUUCAAUACCGAAACCGGCCGCAGUAUUACGCCGUGGCAAGCAAGGUCCGUCGUUGAGGAGUAG